CUUUAUACUACUGAAGGACUAAACUGAAGGACUAAAACCCUAAUGUGAACUAAAAUCUGCAGCUACAAUGGAAACUAGAGCUUCGAGGACGAGAAAACGCACAAGAAAUGCCCAAUUUCGAAAACAAGAUUCAAGCUCAAUAAUCCCUUCCCUUCCCCUGGAGAUCGGCGUGGAAAUACUGUCGAAGCUGCCCGUGAAAUCAUUGUUGCAAUUCAGGUCUGUUUCAAAAUCAUGGCUUUCUCUAAUUUCGAGCUCUGAAUUCAUAAACACCCAUCUCCGUUCCUGUUCUAAUAACAAAGAAUACAACUACCAUAGGAUUAUCUUAAACUUCACAUGCAAUCUCAAGGAUUUUCCCCUACAUUCCUUAAUUUACAACCCAAUUACUGAGGCAUCUGAAAUGGAUUAUCCCAUGAAAAAUUCCCUUACUAGGUGGUGUGAUACGGCCAAUGGAUUGAUUUGUCUGGCCAAUAAGGAAAACUCGGAUAAACCAAUGAGGAUGACGAAUAAAUUGCCUAGUUCUGGAGUUAAUUUAUAUAUAUGGAACCCAUCAAUUAGGAAGUCGAGGAAAUUGCCUGACUCGGGAGUUAAAUCCAAGUGGUUUUGCUCUACAUAUUUUAGGUAUGGUUUUGGAUACGAUGAGUUACACGGCGAUUAUAAACUAGUGGUAAUUUUCAAUAUCUUUGAUGAUCAUCGAGAUGAUUAUGCUCCAUUUGAGACCAAGGUCAAAAUUUACAGCUUGAAGAGUGAUUCUUGGAGAACGGUCGAGGAUUUUGAGGGAAGCUCUUUGAUAGAUUGUUCAGCUAAGUUUGUCAAGGGGAAGCUUUAUUGGACUAAAUCUGCAACUGCUUGUGAGUACAAUAGCGAAUAUGGCUGCUGCAUAAUUCAUUUUUAUGAGUACGAUCACGGCAAUAGCUGCGACAUCAUUUCUUUUGAUUUAGCACAUGAGACAUGGGGUAAGGUGGAGCAACCCAAUUACGGAAAAGGUAGAUUUGCUUUGAGGCUGGGAGUUUUGGGAAGUGAUCUUGUUGUGCUUUGUAACUAUGAGGGAAGUCAUUCUGAUGUGUGGGUUAUGAAGGAUUAUGGAGUUAAAGCAUCUUGGACAAAGAUGUUCACCAUUGACUGUUAUGAUGAUCCUGGGAAGUAUGAGUAUUAUCCACGUUGUUACAUGCCAUUUUCCCCGCCGUUUUACGAGUUAUAUAAGGGUGAAAUUUUACUUUUGUAUUGAUCAGUUUUCAGGGUAUACAAUCCAAAAGAUGAUUCAAUAAGACAAAUCAGACAACCAGAGCUUACUAAACCUAAGACCUGUUUUCAGGCAGAAAUCUAUGUGGAAAGCCUUGUUAAUCCCAUGUUGACAGCUGAUUAGGGACUUGUUAACCAUGAAGACGGACAAUCAUGUAAUCGAUAACUGAUGCAAAUGGAGGUGCUGGACAUGGAAGGAGUAAUGAAGUACGGGAAGGAAUGGGUUCUACCACUCUAGCAGGAUUGGAAUGGCACUGGUUUAGAUUAGUAUUAUUGCUUAGAAAAGAAUGAUUAUUGCAAAUAUCAGUGUAUACAUUGGCAGUUGACACCACAAAUGGUAUUUCUUUUGAAGGAAUGAUGCAAAAAUCUCUUCCUCUUUCUUCUGCCUAUUUGUUUGCUUAACCUUUUGUUGGACAAACUUAAUCCUUGUAAUUAGCAUUGACUAUUUUAUUGACUUAGCUCCCUGAUU